AUGGGCGUCGGACGCCGUAUGAAGAAACAGGGCGCGCCUGAGCCGCUGUCAGAAGAACACUUUGCCAAUCUUAAGCGGAAGAAGGGUCUUCCGGUUGACGAUACGCCGGCCGAGGUGCGCUCAACCAAGAAGCGCCGUACAUCGACGAAGUCCGAGAAGUCUUCCAAGAAGCCCCGUGGGGAGAGCACUAAGAAUGGUGUAAUCGCGACGAAGACGGCAGGGAAACAAACCAAUGGCACCAAGAAGUCAUCUGGGUCGUCAGAGAAUGGCCUGAAGGCUAACAAAGCGAAGUCCAAGAAGGCUUCUGUACCAGAAUCCGACUCAGACGAGGAGAUGGGUGACGAGUUUGAUGCUUCCGAAUUGGAGGUUGACGGUGGAUCUGAUUUGGACGAGCAGACGCUCGGCGACGAUUUCUUGGGAUCCGACGACUCAGUCUACGACUCGGACCAAGGCAACGGCAAGAAAGAGAAAUUCGUUUUUUCCGACGACGAGGACGACGACGAUGAGGAGCGGGAGGAGAGGUUGACCGCCGCCAACAUCGAGGGGCUGUCAAAGAAGCUAGACGACAAGCUAGCCAGGGAAGCGGAGGAGAACGAAGCGGAACUGCGGGAAGAAGCUUUGCAGACCAACAUUGACGGCGACAAGCCUAAUGUCUUGGGCGAGGAUGACGAUGAUGAGGACGAGCUGUCAUCUAAAACGCAAGGGCUGCUAGCUCCCGACCUUCAGAUGCUGAGGACCAGGAUAACAGAGACCAUCCGCGUGUUGGAGGACUUUUCGAAUCUCGCCGAGGAUGGACGGAGCAGGGCCGAGUAUACCAACCAGUUGCUCAAGGAUGUCUGUGCCUACUAUGGCUACAAUGAGAACCUGUUCCCGCCAAGGGAAGCAUUUGCUUUCUUUGAAGCCAACGAGAGCGCGCGCCCUGUCGUUAUUCGAACAAAUACCCUACGGACGCAUCGCCGUGAUCUAGCGCAGGCUCUCAUCAACCGCGGCGUCACUUUGGAGCCCGUGGGCAAGUGGUCCAAAGUCGGCCUGCAGGUAUUCGAGUCGACCGUGCCAUUGGGUGCCACUCCCGAGUAUCUGGCUGGCCAUUACAUUCUGCAAGCUGCAUCUUCGUUCCUCCCCGUCAUGGCUCUCUGCCCUCAGGAGAACGAACGUUGCCUCGAUAUGGCCGCAGCCCCCGGUGGUAAAACAACGCAUAUGUCGGCGUUGAUGAAGAACACUGGCGUCGUUUUUGCGAACGAUCCCAGCAAGUCUCGUGCCAAGGGUCUGAUCGGCAAUAUUCACCGUCUGGGUGCGAGGAACGUCAUCGUCUGCAACUACGAUGCCCGCGAGUUCCCCAGGGUGAUGGGUGGUUUCGACAGAGUACUCUUGGAUGCGCCUUGCUCUGGCACUGGCGUUAUCGCCAAGGACCCCUCAGUGAAGACCAACAGGGACGAGAAGGACUUCAUUCAAUUACCGCAUACGCAAAAGCAGCUGUUGUUGGCAGCUAUUGAUUCGGUCAACCAUGCAAGCAAGACGGGUGGUUACGUUGUCUACUCUACAUGCAGCGUGGCAAUCGAGGAAAAUUUUAGCGAACAAGUUGUCGCGUAUGCCUUGAGUCGCCGGCCUAACGUCAAGCUCGUCGAGACCGGCCUCCCCUUCGGCAAGGAGGGCUUCACCAGCUAUAUGGGCAAGGCGUUCCACCCCAGCCUCAAGCUGACACGCCGGUAUUACCCCCACUUGUACAACGUUGACGGGUUCUUCGUCGCCAAAUUCCAGAAGGUUGGACCCACGGCUGGGAACGCCGUCCUCGCCAAUGGCAAGAAGGAUAAGGAUGCCGCCAUCAUGAAGGCCGCGGAUGAGAAUGACGGCGAGGUUAUCGAUAAGACACCUGUCGCUGCGGAGGGCGAGGAAGAAGCCAAGGACGACUUUGGCGGGUUCGACGACAAUGAGGACGAGGACUACAUUGAGCGUGCCAAGCGGAACGCGAUGAGGAGGCGUGGUCUUGAUCCUCGGGCGUUGAAGAAGGGACAAGAGAAGAAGCCGGCCAAGGAGGUAGAGACGCCUAAGGAGGCAUCCAAAGAGGCACCCAAGGAGGGACCCAAGGAGAAGUCUAACGACAAAGUCAAGGAAAAAACCAAGGGCAAGCCCAAGGAGAAGACGAAGCUGAAGGCCAAGGAGAAGAAGUAG